AUGCUCCGGCGCACCCUGUCGCUCCUCUUGCUCGGCCUGGCCUGCCUCGUCGCCCUCGGCGCAUCGACCGCCGAGGCCAAGAAGUGGGAGUUUGGCGACAUCAACAACCCCAACCUCGCCAGCCUGACAUCGUCCAACUUCACCUCGACCCUCAGCAAGGGCAUGUGGCUCGUCGAGUUCUACUCUCCCUACUGCAAGCACUGCAAGAAGUUCGCGCCCGUCUGGCAGGACCUGGCCGAGUACGAGGAGCACCUGGCCGACUCGCACGACUUCCGCUUCACGCGCGUCAACUGCAUCACCCAGGGCGACCUGUGCGGGGAGCAGCAAAUCCCCGGCUUCCCCUCAAUCUUUCUCUGGGCCGACGGCGUCCGCUUCGAAGAGUACGAGGGCGAGCGCGACUUUGACGCCAUGCUCGCCUACGUCGAGGCGCGCGCCGCCGACUGGAGGAGCUACUCGGCCCAAAAGGCCGAGGCCCUCUCGACCGGCCGCUGA